CCAAAUGGAUAUUAAGCGCCAAUCUGGGACCUAAGACAAGUUCCUAUACGGAAAAAGGAAUCAUGAACCACUUAAAACGUGCAAAACAAGAUCAACGGAAAUAGUGCUUGAGGCUAACCACAACGCCUCUUUUUUUGAGUGCGAGAAACAAGCAAAGCCGUUCCUCGAACUGACCAACUAAAUAAUUACGGUUAAAGUAAUAAAACCCUUGACUCGGAGGUCAUUUGGAACAUUCGUAAACUAACAAGAAAAAAGGGACACGCCGCUGUAUUGGGGCGAGACAUAAUAGGUUACCAGUCACAGUAGAAAUACACCAAUCACAUUGCAGGGAACUUGCUGAAUCAAUUGUCUACGACAAAGGAUUACCAGGACUUGUGCCACGCAUCUCCCAUUGAUGUCCGUGGAACAAUUGAAUUCCACGUGCCUUGAAUAGAAACCUCAGGAAUUUAGCAGGAUUACUGAAACUGGUUCAAAGAUUACGGCAACCUUGAAAGGCAGCCUUGACAGCAAGCUCUGUGGGUUAGAAUUUUUUAUGUACCACUCUAAAAUGGAGGCCACCAUUUAUGAGGAUCAAAGCUUCUUAUUAGCAAAUAGAAAUUCCUACGCACAAGACAAUGGAAAAUUAUGGUUAAACUUGGCGAAUGAGUACAAAUCGACGGGAAGGAGAGACGAAUUCGAUAUUUCAGAUUUGCUGAGAUCUCCAGAUAUUGGAAUUUCAUCGCCAGAUCUCGAGACGAUCGUGUGGAGAAACUUCCCCGAUAAUUGUACGGUGAAACCACAGUCAGUGUCUUCGCCUCCGCCACUUUUUGUCCCGCAAGAAGAUUAUACGACACAGCAAGUCACAGCAGAACAAGAGGUGUUUGCUAGGGGGUUUACUGACGCACUGCAACGACUGCGAGAAGAAAGGGAAGUUUGUCAACUACGCACAAUAGAGACGCCGACGGCGGACGAAUUGGUUGACGACUCAAAAUGCACUUUUAUUUCUUACAGAUUUGAUUCAUCGUAUCGCUUACCCUCUUUUCAAGAAACGUUUUCACCUGCUAAAUUUACUGGUAUGAUUAAAACCAAAACAACCCAAGACAUAGAUAGGACUUCUUACGAGCGGGAAUGUGGACAGCAACUCGAAGGAUCGGAGAUCUCAGAGUGGUUUAAAGUGGAAACGUUGGAAGAAGGAUUCUCUGGGCAGCAGCAGUGUUCCUACAAAGACUGCUUGUUAAAUUCACCCGGAGAAGAUUCCGAUGAUUAUUCUACCAAUUCUCCAUCACUUCUAAGCCCUUCUUCUGAUUUUACGACUCAAGAUUAUCACUACGGAGAUUUCGAAAGUGAUAACAGGGUUCCAGAAGACAUGGAGUUUCAGGACGGAGUGCAUGGGGAUGACGAUUUUGAAAUGGACGGUGAGUGGAACCAUGACCGUCACCACACAAUUCAAGACACCCCAACACCAAAGCACUGGCUAACCGUUCACACAAAACUUUAUAACAUGUCUGUCUUAAAGCAAGAAGUAGACACAUUGGAGGAACAGGCACAGUCAGCCAUUAUGCCCGAAAGCAUCGACGUGCAAGGGUUCAUCAAAACGGAAAGAAAACGGCGAAAGAAUCGCUUGGCAGCGUGGAAAUGUCGUCAAAAGAAGCUUAUACGUGAAUCAAGGUUGGAGACGACAGUCGAAGAGCUGUGUAUGGAAAAUUCUAGGCUAAUGGAGGAACUGGAGAAAUUAAAACGAAAAAGGCAACAGUUGGAACAGACGUUUAUUAAACAUGUGACAAGCGGAUGUGAAGAGGCUCAUGUUCAAUACACGGAAACAUUUAAUGGGGACAGUUAAGACUGAAGGUUCACUUAUGUCCCUUAUUUUGGUUUUUUCCCACGGAUCGCAAAAUGAGGUCACUUCAAGUCCGCCUCGGUCUUAAAUACUCUUACCUAGUUCGCAGGCUGUCAAGCCCCCUUAACGACGAAAAUCAAAAGUUCUUGAGUGUCUUUCCCUUGAUGUGUUCCUUCUUUCAUUUGCUUAUCUGUAUUCCCGUUGACAAACUAAAGUUUACUAUGAAAUGUGGGCGAGAGAAAGAGAGAGGAAAGGUCGGACGAGAACAUGGAGGAAGUAAAUUAAAAAAAGAAGACAAAAAAACGACUUUUGUCUUUCCGAUGUGAUAACAACAACAACAACAACAACAACAACAACCACUGACCACUUGUGAAACAAUUUAUGUUUACCUAAUUGUAUCCUAUCAUAUUUGUUAUCACAUCGCCAAUAUAAUUAAUGAAAUAAUUACGAUAUGCUAUAUUUUAGAUAUCAUAUCGUUCGCCAGCAUUUCUUGGUCUUCAAGAACUGUUUGCACAGAGAUAGGAGACACCACCAGGCUUUCAGGUAAAAAAAUCCAAUAUGCUACUGCUGCACUAAGGGCACGUUAUUCCAGAUGAAUUAGCUAUUGUAGUACCGGUCACGGAAAGAGUAUUUCUCCAACUCCUAAUAUUUAGAGUUUACUUUUUUAUCUUUGUUGUCAUGAGCGAAAUCGUUGACAGUCUGUCUAGUGCUAGGGAAUUCGAAACUUGUGACUGAACAUUAGCCAAGAUUGCUAUCUAUGUGUUAAAAUGUGCUUGUUUGAGUAAAGUGAAGAGAAGGUACGAUGUUGCCUCUACAAUCUUAUAUAGCUGGUUGAAUUCAAAGAUGGUUCUAAUUUAAGAUCAGCUAAAUUAUCAUUCGAACUGGAUCCUGCUCAUAUCAAAUGCCCAGUCGUGGAAAAUUUACUCUACUCUUUUUUCCUAAAUAGGCAACGAAGUGCAGUUGAUAACGAUUGAUUGUUCAUCGACGAUCGUUGAACGGUUGGUUGGUUUCCAUGCCAACCCAACUGACCACCAAUAAAACACCCCGAGCUCAGUAGCUCGGAAGCAAGAGAAAAUAUAAACGACGAAGGAUUAGUAGUUUUAAUUCAAUAAUGCAUUUAUUUCGAACGAAAACCUUUUUACAAACUUUAUUUUUUGAUAAUAAAUUUUAUUCCUAUUUGCCUUCACCAGAACUGAAAACAAAAUUAUUCCUUGGCAAUUGGUAGGAAAAAUACCAUUAUUGAGGUUUUUUAAGAUGGCCUUGUCGAUUUUAUAGUCUUAAUAUUUUGAUAGAGAUGAAUUUAUCAACAGCUUAGUGAGAAUAUUAAGCAAUUGUCGUACAACUUAAAUAUUUUGAAAUAAAAUAAUUUUUUGAAAAAAUAAAGAUGUUAAUGUCAUUAGUUGUUGUCUUCUGUUAUCUAAUUUGUCAACUUGAAUUACAAAAUUAAGCAAGUGAUCAUCGUUAUAGUCAAUCCAGCAGAGAUGAGCUAUAUCAGCUGACCUAUGACCUAUGACCGAUUGACUUUGUAGCCAAUCGGAUGCAAGAUGCCUUUUUAAUAAAGUAAGAGAGAGUGUGUCACGUGACCUUGUCAAACACACAAAAAAAUGGCCCUGGUACGAAACAGAUACCAGAAAUGGAAAGAGCGUGAUGAAAUUCAAUAGUAAAAGUUAACAAUUUUGAGGCCACUGACAUUUUAGUGCGAGAUUUCAGAACUGGUUGAUAGUUUGAAGAUUUUAAACAAUUUUUCACCAGGUCAUUUCUUUGCACCCGAACAACUCCGUUGAACAUUGGACGAGUUUACCCGGAGAAGCAUUUUCCACAGUGAUUCCAUGUCUCGGUUACCUACAGCCCUACGUGUUGUUCAGCCAUAGUCUAGAGAAAUACCGAAGAUGCCGCUUGUUCUUUAGUGUUGUUGCUAUGCACUCGUUGACAACUAAGUACCUAAGACUUAGAUGUA